AUUGCUCAUUCAUGUUAGUGAUUUUGCAUGUUGGAGUGAAAGAGAAAGCUCCUCUUGCCUAUAUAUAUAAUGCAAAUUUCUUCUCCCAUUGCACCAAUAAGUAGCUUUGGCUUUUCUUUCAUCUUUUCUCAAACCUCUAUCUCUUUUCCUCUACAUAUUAUUUUUUAUCAUUUUUAUAAUUAUUAUUAUUAUAGCAUUGUUAAUACAAUGGCUAUAGAAUGCAUUACAAGUAAAAAUCACAUGAAUCAACCAUCAAAACAAAACCAUGAUAAAAAUGAAGAUGAAGAAUCAUCAUUAGUUUUUGAUGCAUCAUUUCUAAAACACCAACUUAACAUUCCAAAACAAUUCAUUUGGCCAGAUGAAGAAAAACCAUGCAUGAAUGUGAAAGAACUUGAUGUUCCACUUAUUGACUUGAAAAAUUUCUUAUCUGGUGACCCUUUUGCUGCAAUGGAAGCUUCUAAAAUCAUUGGUGAAGCAUGUGAAAAACAUGGUUUUUUUCUUGUUGUUAAUCAUGGUAUUGAUGCAAAGUUAAUAGAACAUGCUCAUAGUUACAUGAAUGAUUUUUUUGAGGUUCCUCUGUCUCAAAAACAGAGAGCUCAGAGAAAAACAGGGGAACAUUGUGGUUAUGCUAGUAGUUUCACUGGUAGAUUCUCUUCAAAACUUCCAUGGAAAGAGACACUUUCUUUUCAAUUUUCAGAUGAGAAAAACUCACCUAAAAUUGUUAAAGACUACUUAUGCAACACUUUAGGAGAAGAUUUUGAACAAUUUGGGGAUGUUUAUCAAAAGUAUUGUGAAGAAAUGAGCACACUUUCUUUAGGGAUAAUGGAGCUACUUGGAAUGAGUCUUGGAGUUGGAAAAGAUUGUUUUAGAGAGUUUUUUGAAGAGAAUAAAUCAAUAAUGAGGCUUAAUUAUUACCCUCCAUGUCAAAAACCUGAUCAAGCUUUAGGAACUGGACCUCAUUGUGAUCCAACAUCUUUAACUAUUCUACAUCAAGACCAAGUUGGUGGCUUACAAGUUUUUGUUGAUAAUGAGUGGCAUUCCAUUAGGCCAAAUUUCAAUGCUUUUGUUGUCAAUAUUGGUGACACUUUCAUGGCACUUUCAAAUGGGAGAUACAAGAGUUGUUUACAUAGGGCAGUGGUGAACAACAAAACAACAAGAAAAUCUCUUGCAUUCUUUUUAUGUCCAAAAGGUGAUAAGGUGGUUAGCCCACCAAGUGAAUUGGUGAAUGAUUUGACACCAAGGAUCUAUCCAGAUUUUACAUGGUCUAUGCUUCAUGAAUUUACUCAAAAACAUUAUAGAGCUGAUAUGAGAACACUUGAAGCAUUCACAAAAUGGAUUCAACAAAAAAGUGGCUGAAAUUAUUUUCAACCACAUGAAAUGAUAUAUAUAUAUAUAUAUAUAUAUAUUAUUAGUCAUUGAGAACCUUAUUAGAAAAGUGACCAAUCAUAUGUGGAAGUACAAGUGUAUAAUUCAUUCUUCAAAGGACUUAUUUGAAGCUUAUAAGAGUUAAAAGUGUAUUUCAUGUGGCACACAAGUGAUGAUAAGUAAUGAACAAAUCAGGGAAUAUAUAUAAAAUA